AUGACUGCGAGUGUUACGAGGAGUCGCACUCGGGGUGGUGCCAGUGGUGCCACCGGUGCUGGGUCGGCGUCGUUCUCUUCGACGGCGAAUGCGGUGAAGGAGGCUGAGGUUGUGGCUAGACCUAGGAAGAGAGUGAAAUUGGAUAAGGAGGAUACGGUGAAGAGUUUGGCUUCAGAGGACCCAGACUAUACGGACACCCAGGCUCUCCUCGACCCUACAGUCGAAUCUUCAGCUUCAACAACAGCUUCUCCUACGAAGAAGAGAAAACCGCGUAAAACCGCGUCGAAAACAAACGCUGAUGAACCGGUCGAUACCUCGUCGUUUCUUCCGCGCGUGAAGAGUCCUUGGAAAGUUGGUGCACACGUUUCGGCUGCUGGAGGGGUGGAGAACGCUGUUGUGAACGCUGCUGCUAUUGGGUGUAAUGCCUUCGCGUUGUUCCUCAAGUCCCAGCGCAAAUGGACGUCUGCGGCCUUGACUGAAGAGUCGAUCUCGACGUUCAAGAAGAGGAUGAAGGAGUUUGGGUACGCCCCUGGAGACGUACUUCCGCAUGGAAGUUAUUUGGUGAAUUUGGGCAAUCCGGACGCGGAGAAACGACAGAAAUCGUAUGAGUGCUUUUUGGAUGAUGUGAAGAGGUGUGAGGCGUUGGGGUUGACGCUGUAUAAUUUCCACUACGAAGGGGGUUACGAUCGUAUUGGAGUGCAUGGGAAUAUCAUUGGUGCCACGUUCGAGCAACUGAAGGAGAUUAUUGAUCAGGUGGAGGAUAAGACGAGGGUUGGGGUUUGUAUUGAUACGUGCCACGCAUUCUCGGCGGGCUACGAUAUUCGCACGAAGGAGGGAUGGAACGAGACGAUGGACAAGUUCGAACGCGUUAUCGGGCUGGAAUACCUCAAAGGCAUGCAUUUGAACGAUAGCAAGACGGCGUUUGAUUCGAAGAAGGAUCGGCAUGAGAAUAUUGGGCUGUGA